CAUCAUCCCUAUGCCCGCUUCAGAGGCCUUUUUCCUCUCUGCCUUUAGCACACCGUCCCCCUUCUGCCCUCCAGGCUCCUUGUCCCUGUCCUCUUCUGCUUGCUCGCUGUCUGCUCCCUGACUGCUUGCGCUCGGCGUGGCUCCCUUUGCUGCCUAGGUGCGCACCCGCAGCCCGGCGCUCCGCGGGAGCAGAACUGGCAGAAUACUGGGAACUUCAGCGCUGCGCGGGGCUCCGAGGGCCGACACCGCGUGGGGCUGGGACAGGUGGCUGCACUCGCCCUCGGGGCCUCACUCUUGCCGGCGUCGGCACCGCCGCGAUGGGCUGCUCCAGCAGCGCCUUCAACAAGGCCGGCGACAGCAGCAGGCUCCGCAGCGAAGAAAGUGAGUCCUGCUUUGCCCAACCCAAACCAUGUACACUGGGAAGAGAAUCUACUGUUAAUGGCAAGAUACAAAAGGAAAGAAUUCCUCCAUUAGAGAAGCUCAAGAUUUCAGUGGUGUCUACAGCUAAUGGUGUUAAAUCCCUCCAUGAACAGCCGCUGGCAAAGGAUGCUGCAGACCCUCCAGGAUCCAUGGAGAAGACUCAGCCUCUAGAAGGACUCAAGGAGUCUGGACCACCUGAGCCAGGUGGCAAAGAUGAUACUCCAGGAGCAGAAGAAAAGAAGAAAGAUGUGGAAGCAGCAACAGAGGAUCAGCCUUUAGGAGGAAAUACAGAGACUGAACCUUUAGGAACAGAAGCCAAACAUCAGCCUUUGAGGACAGCAGGAGAGAGGGACUCUCCUGGAGUAGUGGGAGGUACUAAGUACCCACAAACUGGCCGAGACAUGAAACCUUUAGGAAUAGCUGAAAAUAUUCCACCACGGGAAUCAGGUAGAAAGCCACAACCUCAAGAAGCAAUGGGAAAGAAUGAACAACCCCAACUCCCAGAAACUGUUCCCAAGGAGACUGAAUCUCCAGAAAUAUUGGAAGGAAGUCAGCUUGUGGAAACAGCGAAAGAGCAGCAACUUCAAGAAACACAGGGAAGAGAUGAGCAGCCCCAACUUCUAGAAACAAUUCCCAAAGAAAAUGGAUCUCCAAAAAUCUUGGAAGGAAGUCAGCUUGUGGAAACAACUCCCGAAGGUCCAGGAAACAUGGAGCAGGUUCCACGUGAAGGAACAGUUGGUAGCAUGGAGCAUCCAGCAGGAAUUCUAGAAAUAGGGACAAAUGUGGAAAUGGUCAGGAAAACUCAUAGUAACAAAGAGGACCAAAAAACUGAAGGUAAGACAGGAGAAACAAUUGAAACAGAGAUGGAGAAUGAGAAAGUUAGUGAAGGAGCUGAAACAAAAGAAGAAACAGGAGAAGCUGUGGAUCUUUUGGCAGCCACAUAGAUAGGUAUGGUGAUAGAAGGGUGAACAGACACAGCGUGUUAUAAUAGAAAAGACAGA